AUGGAAGGGAAUUUUGGAUGCUUCACUGAUAAAACGAGAGUGUUGGAUAUCAAACCACUGCGCACUCUAACACCUGUUUUCCCCAGCGGAAAUCAAGCUCCGCCUUUCGUCUGCGCACCUCCUUUCGGUCCUUUCCCGCCUGGCUUCUCACCGUUCUAUCCGUUUAGCUCGUCUCAAUCGAAUCAACACACGCCAGAUCUCGAUCAAGCCCGGAAUCCACCUCAACACCAGCCUCCUCAAUAUACACCUCAACACCAGCCUCAGAAUCCACAAAUUCACCCUCAAAAUCCACAGCCAAAUCAGCCUCAGAAUCCACAGCCAAAUCAGCCUCAGAAUCGACAAAUCCAGUCUCAAAAUCCACAAAUUCAGCCUCAAAGUCCACAGCAAAUUCAGCCGCAUAAUCCACAGCAAAUUCAGCUGCAUGAUCCAUCUCAAUCUUUGUUGGUUACUCCUGUGGGGCCAUUGACAUCUCCUGAUACGUCUAAUGGCGACAUGGAACUUGAAGGAACACCAUCGAAAAGAAAGACCCCUAGAAGGCCGCGUCGUCGGUAUGGGAACGUGAAUUUCGAGAGUGGGAUUAGUGUGGCUGAGAGAGAUAAUGGCAAUAGAGAGUUGUUGAUGAGUGUUCUUACUCGGUUUGAUGCGCUGAGAAGAAGAAUUUCCCAACUUGAAGAUGCAAAAGGAGAACCUAGCGGGAUUAUCCAACGCCCUGAUAUGAAAGCAGGAGCUACUUGUAUGAGCAGAGGAGUCCGCACAAACGCCAAGAAAAGACUCGGUAUUGUUCCCGGUGUUGAGAUUGGGGACAUAUUCUUCUUCAGGUUCGAGAUGUGUUUGGUGGGGUUGCAUUCUCCAUCGAUGGCUGGGAUUGACUAUCUGGUUGUCAAGGGAGAAGCAGAAGAGGAACCUUUCGCUACCAGCAUUGUAUCUUCCGGAAAAUAUGAUAAAGACGAAGGUGAUCCUGAUGUUUUGGUUUAUACUGGUCAGGGUGGUAACGCUGCUGAUAAAGAUAAGCAAGCGUCUGACCAAAAGCUUGAAAAAGGUAGUCUUUCGUUGGAGAAGAGCAUGCAUAAGAAUAGUAUGGUUAGGGUGAUUAGGGGAUUAAGAGAGGCUUCGCAUAGUGUUAAGAUCUAUGUUUAUGAUGGGCUCUAUGAGGUGAAAGAGUCAUGGACGGAGAAAGGAAAAUCUGGACACAACACCUUCAAGUAUAGACUAGUGAGAGCUCCUGGUCAGCCUCCUGCGUUUGCCACAUGGGCUGCGAUCAAGAAGUGGAAGGCGGGUUUGCUUUCAAGGGAAGGACUCAUUUCUCAAGAUAUCACUUCCGGGGUCGAACGCAUACCUGUUUCGCUUGUGAAUGACGUUGAUGGCGAGCGUGGGACUGCUUAUUUCACAUACUCCACAACGGUGAAAUACUCGGAGUCGUUUAAGCUGACGCAGCCUUCCUCUGGAUGCGAUUGUGGCCACUUAUGCAAACCAGGGAACUUGAACUGUCUCUGCAUAAGGCAAAAUGGAGGUGAUUUUCCUUACACCGGUAAUGGAGUUCUUGUUAGCCGGAAGCCUAUGAUAUACGAAUGCAGCCCAUCUUGCCCGUGCUUGUCUUGCAAAAACAAGGUGACUCAAAUGGGACUAAAAGUGAGGCUGGAAGUUUUCAAGACAGCGAACAGAGGAUGGGGCUUGUGCUCAUGGGAGCCUAUUCGUGCUGGUUCGUUUAUAUGCAUAUAUGCAGGUGAGGCUAAAGACAAAUCCAAGGAGCAGCAAACUAUGGGUAGUGAUGAUUAUACUUUUGAUACAACCCGUGUCUUUACACCUUUCAAAUGGAACUAUGAGGUUGGCUUGGCGGAUGAAGAUGGAUCUGAGGAGAUGUCUGAAGAACCUGAAAUGCCGCUGCCUCUUAUUAUCAGUGCUAAGAAUGUUGGGAACGUUGCCAGAUUCAUGAACCACAGUUGCUCCCCUAAUGUUUUCUGGCAGCCUGUGUCUUACGAAAACAACGGUCAACUCUUUUUGCAUGUCGCCUUCUUUGCUAUUUCUCACAUCCCUCCCCUGACUGAGUUAACAUACGAUUAUGGAGUUUCUCGACCAAGCGGAAGUCAAUAUGGCAAUCCUUUAUACGGCAAAAAGAACUGCUUUUGCGGGUCAGAGUAUUGCCGUGGCUCAUUUGGUUGA